AGCAGCAACUGAGACCAGGGGGACUGGGAGUGCAACGGAGCGGGCGAAAAGAGACCUGCCGCACGCCGAAACUCUGCGCAUGGCCUGGGACCUGAUGACUUGCUGGGGACUAUCAGAAGGCAGCGCUUGAGUUGUGUCAGCCAGAGGCAGAGGAGUGCACCGCUACCUGUAAGGUUUUGCUGUUUUGAGUGGAAACAGUUUAUACUUCAAGGAGAAGAGAAGAAGGCUGGGCAAAGAUCAAAAGUGGACCUCGUCCAUCUCUUCUUGGGCUUGGUUCGCUCUGCAUCCCUGCGGGGGUAUGGUGUGCGGACUGACAGAUUGAUUUGCUGAACUGCAUCUUUUGAUGAAAGCCCAACUUUUGUGGAUCUUGCAGCCUUUCCAGCUACCACACCACUUUGCUGGAGACUGGAUCCAGUGCUCAGUGUGAGAAACAGCAAGAGAGAGCGGGGGAAGAAAGAGAAUAUUGCCAUCCAUCUCUCACUCCCCCCCCCCCCACAGCCCACCCUCAGCUUUGGACGCCCCUCCUCUCUGCCUCGUCUUUUGCCCCUUGUACCCCCCUCCUCUACACCUCACCCCCCAACAGAGCAGGAAGCGUGAAAAAUCUCACUAAUGGGUUUAUUUGCUGUCAGAUCUGCGCCGAUCUGUCAUUCCCUUGGACCAUUCUGCUUGACACAUUUCAUAGUUGAGUAAGCCGCCUGGCUUUCUGUCUAGAGUUAACAGUGCCCCUGCAACGUUGUGCUGGCUGAGAGCUCAUCAAGAGGAGAGCAACGGCGGCAGCAGUCAGUCUGACGGUCUCUCGGACAGGGAGUCCCUGAAGCUGCAUUCCUCUGGUCUCCCUCUCCCCGUGUUUGUGUGAGCCUCGUGGGCAUCCUCAGCUCCUGUCUAGUCACACGACCGGUCCAUCACGGGAGAUUCGGGUUUGUUUCUACGGGGAUUCUGGUGCUGAUCGAAGGAGUGUGAAGAUGUGGUGUGGGGCUGGGCCUCUGGCCGUGGUGGCUGCGGUGUUUUGGACUCAGUGUGUCCUACUGGAUGGGGUGGAUGCCAAGAAGGAGAGAAAGAGGCCAAAGGAGUCCACCCCACAACACACAGAGACGUACAAUGCAACUCUCUCCAACAGCGAGGAGGUCGGUGGAAGCACCAAGAUUUCUGACCACCAGAAAGUCGACCCACUGGGAUCAUGGAUGGACUUUGUCAAAAGACCUGUUGGCAACUUCCCUGGAAAGUGUCGCAAACGCAAACGUCCCCUGCCGGGCCCACCUGGUCCUCCAGGUCCUCCUGGCCCACCGGGACCUCCUGGCUCUCCUGGGGCCGAAGUGACCCAGGAAGUUCUUCUCCAGGAGUUCAAAGAGAUGAUUAAAGAGGCUACAGAGAGGAGAGCGGCAGCACUUGACAGACAAAUCAGCCCCAGCCAGCUACCUACGGCUCUCCUCACCCUGGAGGGGAUGACCUCCUACCGUCGAAUAGAGGAGGCUUUCCACUGCAAGCUCAAGGGACCUGUGGUGGUGGAUAAGAAGACUCUGGUGGAGCUCCAGAACUUUCAGACACCGCCUGCUAAAGGAGCCUUCCUCAGAGGGUCAGGAAUGGACCAGUCCACUGGGAGAUUCACAGCUCCCAUCACAGGGAUCUACCAGUUCUCUGCCAACGUCCACAUUGACCACAAUGAGGUGAAGAGGAGCAAGAGUCAGCUCAAAGCCAGGGACAAUGUUCGGGUGCUGAUCUGCAUCGAAUCACUCUGCCACAGAUACACCUCACUGGAGAUGAUUGUUGGAUUAGAGAGUAACAGCAAGAUAUUCACCGUCAGCGUGCAGGGGCUGCUGGAGCUACAGGCCGGGCAGUACACAUCCAUAUUUGUGGAUAAUGCAGCCGGUGCUUCCAUUACAAUACAGAACGGUUCAGAUUUCAUGGGCAUGCUGCUUGGUGUAUAGCCUCACACAUGAACAGGGCGCAUCAUCCAAGCAUUCCACUGCUGCCGUUGUUUUUUUGUUUUGUUUUUUUUAAAAUCUUUUUUGUAAUUUCAACGGACUGCUUAUGAGCACCAUCACACGGUACCAAACCACAGGGGAGGUUUGAAGGAAGGAAAUACGGCUGACAUUGACUUGACUGCUUGUCAGAUGGUGAAAGGACAAUGUGAAGAACUCAAGGACUGAGUUGCACUGCGAUAUCCCCCAGGAACUUGGUUGCCUGUUGCUUCACCAAUAAAAUAACCUGUAUGUGAAUAUGUCUCUUACACUACAUUUUUCAUGGUUGUUGAACAAUGCCUUUGCGAUAAACCAAACAUCAAUGUUUUUUAUGUUCUCUGGAAAGACGUUGGAAGAGCUGAGGAACAUGAAAAAGUACAUUUGGGUGUUUAUGUAUACUGACAUGUUGAUGUUUUGUGUCUACAUGAUCUCUAUACACACUCGUGAACUAUAGUUAUUUUUAUCAUGGGUUAAAUCUUACAUUUAAGUUAUGUGGUACAUAGACUCUGUGAGUACACUGGACAAUGGAAAUAUGCCCGAUCAACAGAAUAGGGUCUUGGAAAAGUGAUUGCUCACAUAUGUAAUUACACAUUUUGUAACAUAGCUAUCACUGCGUUUUUAGCGAUGUCAGCAGCGUGGCACUGUCAGCCAGUCGGUCCGCCACUUUGGUCCGGACCGGAAUAGCUGACCAUCAGAGGGAUUUGCAGUGAAAUUUUGUACAGACAUUCAUGGUUUCCAGAGGAUGUAUCCUACUGACUUUGGUGAUGCUCUGACUCUUCAUUAGCCUCACCAUGACAUUUUCUGGUUUUGAGUGAACUAUCUCACGGCUUUUUGUGCGGCUUGCCAUGAAAUUUUGUACACACAUUCGUGUUCCCCUCAGGCGGAAUUGUAACCAAUGUCUGCAUGCUAACACGCCAAACUAAGAUGGUACAAAUGGUAACCAUUAAAUAAUGCUAAACAUCAGCAUGUUAGCAUUGUCAUUGUGAACAUGCAGCUGGCGUUAGCAUUAGCUCAAGAACUGUUGUGCCAGAGUACAGCCUCGUAGAGCCGCUGGCAGAGCUGUAGACUCGUAUUGCGUAAUCACAUUACGGUGGAAAAACCAGACUCUUGCGAUACGUGUCGUGCGUUGGUUUACGCCUGACGCCUUUGAACGUUUGGCACACCCACUCUCUACUGAGCGCACCUUGGACACGUGUGCAAAAGCUGUUUUUCCACGAUAAUGUGAAUAUGCCUUUAGUCUUGUUUGGGUUGGACAAAUCCACAUACACCUGUAAAAGUAAAAAAAAUUUCAAAGUCCUUUUUGUGUUAUCAUUUAUUAUCUGUUUAUUUUUACUGUAUUUUAUUAUUUUCUUGACAUUUAGAUAUUUGUAAUUUAUCAUAACUGAUACACCAGUAACAUUGGAAAGAAUUGAAAUUUGAUAUGGUAUUUAUGUUUGAGAAAAUGUAUCAGUUGCGUGUUGAUUUAUACUCUUGUGGACUGUUGAAACCACAGAUUUUUGCAAGAAUAAAAUUAUAUCUUUUUACUAUUUUUUAUUACACAUAAUAUUCUGUAAUUUGAAAUUAAACUCUUUAAAAACAUUUCCAGUUGGUCUCUGCACAUAAUGGUAAUGCUUAUUCACAAAAACACCUAGUCACUAGAUUGAAAAAAAACCUUACUUUCUCUGUGGCAUGAUUUGAAUUGUAAAAUACCCCAAAUACCUCAAAUACCUGUGCAAACACUGGUGGAGUGCCAAAUAAAUUCAUGACCGCAGUUACCUAUAAAAUAUAAUUAUCUAAACAUCUUGGUGUUUGAAAUUAGAUACUCUGCAUGUCAUUGAAGAUUGUUUGUU